AUGUUCUUUACUACUUUGGUACUUGACCUGUUUUAUUCCAUUGCAGGGGUUUAUUUUGUGUUAUGCCACAUGUUCGACUGCCACGAUGAUGCCGCCUUCGAUCCCGAUGAAGGUACACUGUCAGAGCUGCAGUUUAAUUGGCUUGGAGCCCUGCAGUAUAUUCACGUUAAAGCUGGAACUCCACACUACUACAGAGUGCCACGUGUUUCACUGAUCACCAAGCAGUUUGUGUUAUCCACGGCGAAGGAUGCGGCACAGAUUCCCGAAGGAUACGCUCUAGGCAACGUUGUAUUUGGAGAGUACGAGCGAGAUGAGAGUGAGUGCAAGGUGGCAGUGGAACGGAUAGCGGGCGGAAUGCAGUGUGACCCGGCUGUGCUUCUGAUGCCGAUUGCGGACGUUCUGCUGCAUCCAGAGUACAAGCACUUCGGCGUCAAGAGCAGUAUUGCUUUGUUAAAAUUACUGAUACCUAUAAAGUCGAGGUACAUGCUGCCUGCCUGUUUGCCCUACAAGGAUUACCUCCAAAGAAAUGGAAAACAACUUAUAGGAUUGUUGAUUUAUGUAGACUUUGCUAGCGAGGUCCCUCGGGAUUUUGUCGAAGAGGAAAAAGAAGUUUUGUAUUUGGAAACGUUGAGCGAAGACCAAUGUGUCAUGUACGAUGAUCCUAAAAACGUGACCCACUUGCCACAACAUCGCUACUUAUGCACCACUCGAUGUGACUUACAAUCUGGAGCACCAACUCUCUUUCACGAGCAUACUGGCCACUGGAACAUUGUGGCAUUAUCCGAAGGCGGAACACCGUGUCCAGAUCCUCUGCGGUAUCGUGGACGGACGCCACCAUCGCGUCACAUCCGGCUGCAUCCAUACGUGCCCUGGAUAACUACCGCCAUAUCAGGCAAGCCUGUGGGAGCCUUCGCUAAGGACGAUCCGUUUGGUUACAUAAUGCCCCGUGCCGUAAUGCUAGAGCGGACGUCCAAAACUUGGUUGGGUCACUGGUGGAUGGGCGGGAUCCGUUGCUACGACCGAGGUGAUGCCGCUCAGGACAUGUAUCGAUUCUACCACGAGAUAUUCCAAAUAUAUCCGGACGCUACGUCAUCACACAUCAUUUUUUAUUUAGAGAUCUAUGCCCCUUCUCCUUUCAAAAUAAUAUGUGUGAAGGUUGGCAUGCCGUACCAAAUGGCAAACCCGAUGGUCUGGGAUUUGAACACUGGUGCUGUGAAGCUUCGAAUCCCCGUGUCGAUAUUAACAAAGUUCUACCAAAUAACUAUAGAAGCUUGGAUGAAUAAUGGUACUGCUGUUAGAGAAGAAGCUGAACCGGGAGAAGAAGAAGAAGAAGGUGAUGAAGAUGCGUCAUCUUCUGAAGAUGGACAUGAAGAAGAAGAAGGGGAAGUAGAUGAAGAAGGAGAAAGAGUAGACGUUGAAGGAAGAAACAAAGGAAAAGUUAAAAAGCCCAAGAAAGAUAAAAAAGGAAAAGAUAAAGGUAAAGGAAAAGAAGAAAUUGAUAGUGAUAUAUCGGACGAGGAAGCUUUGAAGCCACCUGCCGACAAAUACGAAUCUGAUCCUCCUUAA